AUGCAAUACAAGAAGAGCCUUCUCACAUCCACUUUCCUUGCUUCUGCUCUGGCCAGCUACAUCCCAUCUGAGCCAUGGACCACCUUGACCCCAGAUGAGGAUUAUCCAUCUGGUGCUAUCACCGACCACCUCAGAACUUUUGGUAUUGCCGUUCAGCCUAUCACCUCUGCCUCUGCCACUGCCACUGCCAGUGUUGAUAAGAGAGAUGUUGUUUCCCAAAUCGGUGACGGUCAGAUUCAAGCCACUACUGCUACUGAAGCUCAAGUAGUUUCUCAAAUUGGUGAUGGUCAAAUUCAAGCCACUACUGCUACUGAAGCUCAAGUAGUUUCUCAAAUUGGUGAUGGUCAAAUUCAAGCCACUACUGCUACUGAAGCUCAAGUAGUUUCUCAAAUUGGUGAUGGUCAAAUUCAAGCUACUACUGCUACUGCUGCUCAAGUUGUCUCUCAAAUUGGUGAUGGUCAAAUUCAAGCUACUACUGCUACUGCUGCUCAAGUUGUCUCCCAAAUCGGCGAUGGUCAAAUUCAAGCUACUACUGCUACUGAAGCUCAAGUAGUUUCUCAAAUUGGCGACGGUCAAAUUCAAGCUACUACUGCUACUGAAGCUCAAGUAGUUUCUCAAAUUGGCGACGGUCAAAUCCAAGCUACAACUCUCACAACUGCUCAAGCCAUCUCUCAAAUCGGUGACGGUCAAAUUCAAGCCACCACCUCUACCGUUGCUGCUGCAUCUCAAAUCACCGAUGGUCAAGUUCAAGCCACCAGCGAAGUCUCUGAUGAUGAUGCUGAGAACGGACAAGACACUGAAGGUGCCGAGGAAGAUGACUACGCUUUCUCCUACUCCUGUCUCACCGACUCCUCAUUGGCUAUGACCCUUAACGGUUCUAUUUUGACUGAUUCACGUGGCCGUAUUGGUUCCAUUGUUGCUAACAGACAAUUCCAAUUCGACGGUCCACCACCACAAGCCGGUGCCAUCUACGCUGCUGGUUGGUCCAUCACCACCGACGGUUACUUGGCUCUCGGUGACAGCGACGUCUUCUACCAAUGUUUGUCUGGUAGCUUCUACAACUUGUACGAUGAGUCCAUCGGAGACCAAUGUACUGCUAUCCACUUGGAGAUUGUUGACUUGAUUACUUGUUAA